AUCGGAGGAUCGAAUGAGGAAAUUUCCAUGCCGGCUGUUGAGAAUGGUGGAACCGUAAAUUGGGUUUGAGCGAAAUCCCUAAUCUUUUUGGGGUUAAAGAUGAGAGAGUUGAGGGUGUUGAGGUUUGGAGUGGUGGGUCGAAUCUUGAAGAGGAGGGAGAGUCAAAGACUGAGGGUUCUGUGAAUGGAGUUGAGGGGAAUGGUUUGGGUUUUGCUGAAAAUGAGAAGAACGGCAAGAAUUCGUUGAGCGAUACAAAAUUGAAGCCUGUCGUGGUUGAGGUUGGAACAGAGAAUAAUUUGGCUUUGGACAAUAGGAAACCAAAACCUAUUGAGGUUGAGGCUGCAAUAGAGAAGAAUUACUUGGUGGACGAGGUUGAGGCUGAAGAUGGAACAGAAAAGAAUUGGGAGCCCUCUGCUGAAAAUGAGGCCUUCGAUGCAAAUGGAGAAUCUGAAGCAGUAGCCGCAACAGUUCCUCUUCUUGAAGAGAAGAAGGGGGCAGACUUGAAGUCCAAGAUGGAGGAAGUAGGUUCCCUUCAAGAAUCACAGGAGGAAACUGAUUCGAGACCUGCUGCUGAGCCAGAGAAAGAGUUUGAUCUUCACAUUGUUGGUUCUAAUCAAAAUCUUGAAGAAGCAGUGGAAACUUUGAAACAUGUGGGAGUUGAAACCAAGGCUGUAGAUACGACCAUCGUGGAGCUUAAGUCUGCAGAAAAGGAGGAACUAGAUGCUGCUGUGUCAGAGAAAGAUAAGGAGGUUAUUGGCAAAGGGGAAAUGACUUCUUCUUUGGCUCAGAUUGUUGACGGGUUAGUGGAGUCUGAGGUUGCGGGUGCAGAAACUAAUACUGUUAUGGCCAAAGAGAAUGAAGUCACCGGUAUUCCUGUUGUUAGUCGAGAUGUUGACGCCUCCAUUGAGUCAAAGGCUGAGGAGGAGGAGACCAUGGAUGUGGAGCCUGAGAAGAAUAAAGCUGUUGAUCGCACCGGUGCAGAAAGAAGCCUUGACCUGCACUGGAUCAAAGAUUUGAAGUACAACACAAGAGUGAAGGAUGAAGAGGGUUGCCCAGCCUUUUCACUUAUAAACAAAGUCACGGGAGAAGCUAUCAAGCACUCAAUUGGAGCAACUCAUCCUAUAAGUUAAACCUUACAACAACCCUAUUUUGAUGUAACAAUAGCAUCGUGUUUUGGAUUAGGUUGUGAUUUUGUUGAAAAGUUCUCAGAGCUCAUCGCCUAACACUAUCUGCACACUAAUCUCCUGGUUCAGUCCCUACUGAUGGCAUCAACAUUGUUCCUUUCGAGUUUGAGUUCUACUUCUGUUCCAGUUGCUGUUAGCCAAUGUUGGUAUUCUAAUCAGUUAUUAGCCAAUAUUGGUAGUCAUUAGUA